UAAUUAUGUUUUCCAGAAUAACUCGAAGACGAGAUCGGAUCUCUCUCUCUCUCUCUCUCUCUCUCUCUCUCUCCCUUCCUCGUGCCCUCCCCUUACGCGGCUUUGAAUCGGGCAGCGCUCCAAGGACUUCGAUUUGGUUGGGUCGGUAGGUCUUCGAUCGAGGGUUGUCUCCGGUUUUGUCGAUCCAGAUCUAAUAGCUGGGGAUCGAUUCUUUGCUCCGAUGCGGUUCAAUCGAACAGCAGCAGUGGAUUUAGUUCGCUGCAGCUAGUGAUGAUGUUCUUGUGAGUGGAUUCGUAUUCUUGAUUGUCUUUAUACAGAACCUGGAAUGGGUUCUCGAGUCUCUAAGUUGACGUGCUGUUGGGGUUCUCAGUACAAGGGGACCGUUCUUGAAGCUCCCGAUGUUGAGAUCGAGGAGAAGGGGGACGCAUAUGACCUGCCCCCCUUCCAGGAGUUCUCUUUUGAGCAGCUUAGGUUGGCCACGUCUGGUUUUGCAGUGGAGAACAUCGUGUCGGAGCACGGGGAGAAGGCCCCGAAUGUUGUUUACAAGGGGAAGCUGGACGCUCAGAGGAGGAUUGCAGUGAAGAGGUUCAAUAGGUCGGCAUGGCCUGAUCCUCGACAGUUCUUGGAAGAAGCAAAAGCUGUAGGUCAUCUUCGAAACGAUAGAUUGGCAAAUUUGCUUGGCUGUUGUUGUGAAGGUGAUGAGAGGCUGCUUGUGGCAGAAUUUAUGCCCAACGACACACUUGCAAAACAUCUUUUUCAUUGGGAAACACAACCCAUGAAAUGGCCAAUGCGAUUGAGAGUGGUACUCUAUCUAGCUGAAGCCUUGGAAUAUUGCACUAGUAAGGGGCGUGCUCUCUAUCAUGAUCUUAAUGCCUAUAGAGUUUUAUUUGAUGAUGAUUGUAAUCCUAGGCUUUCAUGUUUUGGUUUGAUGAAGAACAGUCGUGAUGGCAAAAGUUAUAGCACAAACUUGGCAUUUACACCUCCUGAGUAUUUAAGAACUGGAAGAGUUACACCAGAAAGUGUCAUAUAUAGCUUUGGCACGUUGUUGCUUGAUGUUCUUAGCGGAAAGCAUAUCCCUCCUAGUCAUGCUCUUGACAUGAUACGAGAUCGUAACUUCAACAUGCUAACAGACUCAUGUUUGGAAGGACAAUUUUCAAAUGAGGAUGGGACUGAAUUAGUACGUCUAGCUUCAAGAUGUUUGCAGUAUGAGCAACGAGAGAGACCUAAUGUGAAGUCGUUGCUUCUUGCAUUGACUCCGCUGCAAAAGGAGACUGAGGUUCCUUCUUAUGUCUUGAUGGACAUGCCGCGUGGUGGUACAUCCUCAUUAGAGGCGCUCUCUCUUUCCCCACUUGGUGAAGCUUGCUCCAGAAUGGAUUUGACUGCCAUACAUGAAAUCCUAGAAAAGAUUGGGUAUAAAGAUGACGAGGGAACGGCAAAUGAGCUCUCAUUUCAAAUGUGGACCAAUCAAAUGCAAGAAACAUUGAACUCAAAGAAGAAGGGUGAUGCUGCUUUUCGGCAUAAAGAUUUUAAUACAGCAAUUGAAUGCUACACCCAGUUCACUGAUGUUGGAACUAUGGUUUCUCCGACAAUUUUUGCGCGCCGCUGCUUGUCAUACCUGAUGAGUGACAUGCCACAGCAAGCUCUUAAUGAUGCGACGCAGGCGCUGGUCAUAUCUCCAACUUGGCCGACUGCAUUUUAUCUUCAGGCUGCUGCCCUUUUUGCCCUCGGAAUGGAAAAUGAAGCUAGAGAAGCACUGAAAGAUGGGUCAUCCCUAGAAACAAAGAAGAACGGGGGGCAUUAAAGACAAGCUAAUUAAAUGAUAAUUGGUUGAUGAAGGCCCAACUUUUCAGGUUUAGGCACAUACACGGCAACAAUCUUUGGAUAUUGAAGCAGUUUUUUUUCAUUAACAUGUGGCUGGCAUGCUGCAUGACCCCCUGUUGUUGUACACCUCUCCUCUCCAUAUGUAUCAUUUAUGUAUAUAUGGAAGCAACGACCGGCAUAGUGUCCCCGAAAGAAAUUGCAAACUAAUAAUAAGUCUGCCAAGGAAAAUGGGAAAGCUUGAUCCUUGAUCCCUAGUUUUAGGUAUUGUACUGUUGUUUUACAAGGUCGUGUGUUGUAAAUGUCCAUCUUGCUGGUAGGCAUGUAACAGUGUACAGCAGUGGAAUGAUCUAAAUUUGUCAAUGCGUUUCUUUUUGUCAUCUGUGGGUCCUUAUUGUUUUUUUUUUCCUGAGGAUUGUUGGUUUCCUUCUGGAAGAACAUUUGCUGAAAGCUUAUGUAUCUUGGAGUGAGUUUAACGUGUAGUGAUGUGGAGAUUCUUUGAUGGUGGUUCU